AUGGCCACCUCCACCCUUUCACCUUCCCCUCUCCUCCUCCUCCUCCUCCUCUUCCACCUCGCCGCCACCGUCACAUCCAUCGGCGUCAACUACGGCACCCUCGGAGACAACCUCCCACCUCCCGCAACCGUAGCAAACUUUCUAAAAACAAACACAAUCAUCGACCGUGUCAAGAUCUUCGACGUUAGUCCUCAGAUCCUCCAGGCUUUCGCGAACACCGGGAUCUCCGUCACCGUGACGGCGCCCAACGGUGAUAUCGCGGCGUUGGCAAAGAUUGAUUCGGCUCGGCAAUGGGUUGUUACGCAUAUAAAACCUUUUCAUCCUCAGACAAAGAUUGAUUAUAUUCUUGUCGGAAGUGAAGUUCUUCAUUGGGGUGAUAGUGCUAUGGUUCGGAACCUUGUUCCUGCUAUGAGAACGCUUCAUGCCGCUCUUCUUGCUGAGGGUAUUACCGACAUUAAGGUGACUACAGCACAUUCGUUAGCAAUAUUGCGACAAUCAAUACCACCAAGUGCAGGGCAGUUCAGACCAGGAUACGCAAAAUACUUUCUAGGACCAAUGUUGAAGUUCCUAAGACAAACAAAAACACCGUUUAUGGUAAACCCAUAUCCAUAUUUCGGUUACAAUCCGAAAAACGCCAACUUCGCAUUGUUCCGACCAAGCCGUGGCUUAUUCGACAGGAACACGAAACUACUAUACACAAACCAAUUCGACGUGUUAAUGGACGCAGUUCAUUCGGCCAUGAAGGCUCUUGGGUAUGGUGAUGUUGAUAUUGCUAUUGGUGAAACGGGUUGGCCUUCUGUUUGUGAUGGUUGGGAUGCUUGCAGUGUGGCUAAUGCUCAGAGUUAUAAUGGUCAGUUGGUUAGGCAUUUGGCGGAAGGGAAAGGGACACCGUUGAUGCCGAAUAGACGGUUUGAGGCUUUUAUUUUUGCUUUGUUUAACGAGAAUCAGAAACCUGGUCCUAUUGCUGAACGUAAUUGGGGACUCUUUCAACCUGAUUUCUCUCCGGUUUACGAUGCUGGAAUCUUGCGUAACGGACAGAGACCGGGACAAGGAGGAGGACAAACGCCAACGCCACGUCCGAUUGUUGGAGGGCAGAAAUGGUGCGUGCCAAAGGCGGAUGCGAGUGCCGGAGCGUUACAAGCGAAUAUAAACUAUGUUUGCAGCCAAGGAAUUGACUGCAGGCCGAUCCAACCGGGAGGAGUUUGCUAUGCUGUCAACGAUGUUAAGGCGCUUGCCACUUAUGCAAUGAAUGCUUACUAUCAGGCUAACGGGAAACAUGAUUUCAAUUGCGACUUCUCGCACUCCGGUGUUAUCACUUCUGUUAAUCCAAGUCAUGAUAAUUGUAGAAUCUGA